AUGGCAGCCCACAGCUUGUCGAUUGCCAAAGCGUCUUUUCUUGCAUCCUGCCUUCGUCCAGACAUAACAAAACUCAGCCGCGAUGAUCUUGCGAGCUUCCAUACCCUCCUCGAGAGCAGCAUAGCUAGAUGUACUCCUAGCAACGUCCAGAACUCUAAAUCAUGGCUGCUGCAACACAUCCUUCCGUCAGCCACAAGGACGACUGCGCUGAGCAAAUACCUCGCCAGUCUUAGCAAGAACAUUGCAGUCCUUCCAGGUGAUCAAGAAGGCACUCGGACGUGCCGGCGUCAGUUACACUUGCUCUACCUCAUCAACGAUAUCUUCCAUCAUAUCAAGCACCAUGAUUACGAUCCCGCAAUUCGUGACAAUGUGCAGCAAGGUCUACAACAGGUCCUGUCCGAGCUGUUUGCGAAUGCCGCUGCUGAGAGCAAAAAGAGGACGAACAGGCGCUUGAACGGGUUGAUAGAUAUCUGGGAUGCCGAGAAAUAUUGUGAUGCAGAAGUGCUGACUGAACUUCGGGACGCGGUAACUACUGGGGUCUCUGAAAAGGCAACAAAAGACAAUAAAGACGGCCUGGUUACACAAACCAAAGAACUGCCUUGGAUCAUGCCAGCAGCCCAUGGAGAUCCCACAGCGCCAUUUUUCGAUCUGCCUGCCGCUAAUCUUAUGCCUCACAUCGUACCAAACUCCUCCCGACCAAUGCGACCUGAUCAGAUACGAGCACUACACUUUACACCUGGUACAGCCGAUGGAAGUCUUGUCAAUGCACUCAAGGAUUUCUUGAAGGACGUCAGAUCUAUAGACGAUCCUGAUAGCACGCUCGAAGAAGAGGGUGUCGUGCCCGAAGUUGAUGAGAUCGGCCAAUUGACUUACAAAAACGAGGCAGACGACGUUGUUGGGGAUACCUAUUACGGCUGGUCAAGGGCGUUCUGCGAAAGAAUGAAGAAACGUGCCAAGGAGGAUGACUCGCCGCAGAGAGGUCGAUCCCGAAGUCCUAGCUCUAGCCGGAGUCGCAGUCGCAGUCAGAGUCCACGUAAGAGACGUCGUUACUCCGAUUCUUCUUCUCGCAGCAGAUCGAGGUCAGAUCAUCGAGGUAGAUCGUCGUCACACUUUGAAGCAUGGCAGGGGAAGUACAGUCCACCUCUUUUACAAGCACGCACUUUUCCGGCCGAGAAUCGACCCUCGUUAGACAAUGGUCAAGUCAUCUACCACCAGCCUCCAGCCCCUAGACUGCCACCGCCUCUAGCGAAUGUGCCAUUCAUACUUCCGCAAAUGCAUGGUAAUGGUAUGCCAGUACCUCCUCCCAGACCUCCCAAUUGGCAAGGACCAUGGCCACCGCCUCCACCUCCUCCACCAGCAAGGUUUCCUAGUCAAUUUGCAGGCCUGCCUUUUCCUCAACCGCCACAGAACUACAACAAUCAGCAAGCAUAUGGGAGAAGAUGA